AUGCUCGUCUCACAUCAAUUCACGAUCUGGAUACGCUUGCUCGCUGCCCUUUAUGUGGUAAUCAACGCAUUGCCCGGUCUGGCCUGGCAAUCCGCCUGCUCGUCGUUUAGCCCAACUGACAUCGACGGUGUCUCACUUGUUGCUACAACAUACUAUGCUGCAAACACCACGGUCAAUGUCACAAACUUGUAUUCGAGCAUUGAUGUCGACAACCUCCCUGGCUUCUGUCGCGUCCAAGUCAAUAUUACUACGAACGCGACCGCUGGUUCGUCCUGCAACACCGAGGUAUGGCUCCCGGAUGAGUGGAAUGGUCGAUACUUGGCCGUAGGUAAUGGAGGACUUGCUGGUGGAGCCGCUGUUGCAGAUAUGGGUACUAUCGCCGUUGCUCAAGGCUAUGCAAGCGUAUCUACGGAUACCGGACACAGUAGUUCUUGGAUUGACGGGACGUGGGCAGGGCCGCAUAACGACAAUGCUAUUGUCGACUUUGGCUGGCGGGCUCUACAUCUUAGUGUCGCCGCUGGGAAGGAGAUCGUGCAGCAGUACUAUGGCAAAGCGCAAAGCUACUCGUACUAUAUGGGUUGCUCUACAGGAGGACGGCAAGGACUUAAAGAAGUGCAAAUGUUCCCUGAUGACUUUGAUGGUGCCAUUGUCGGGUCUCCGGCGAACUGGAUGACUCAUCUUGCCGAUUGGAGUAUCAAAAUGUGCCUGGAUAUGCUACCGGACAACUCCUCUCACUUCGUUGGACCUUCGCUCUGGAUAGAUGUCAUUUAUCCCGAGGUUCUGAGACAGUGCGAUGCGAUUGAUGGGCUCGUCGACGGGAUCAUCAAUGAUCCCAGAUACUGCCUUUUCCGGCCAGAGACGCUCACAUGCCAUCCAGGGCAAAACACGUCUACUUGUCUGACAAUUCUACAGAUUGAAGCGCUACACAAGAUGUAUGCAGAUUACUACGAGACCAAUCAGACCUGGAUUUUCGGCCCCUACUAUCCGGGUGGCGAGGUCGCAUAUGCUGAAGGCGUUUAUACCUCCGAACCGCUCCAGCUAAACGUAGACUGGUUCCAGUACUUCGUCGUCAAUGACACCGAGUGGACUAUCAACGACUACGACGUAUCAAAUGUAGAGUUGGCAGAUGAAAUCGACCCUGGUCAGGCAAAUGCAAUCAAUCCCAAUCUCACUGCUUUCGCAGGGUCGGGGCACAACGGGAAAGUAAUACAUUACGUCGGCUGGGCGGACCAGUUGAUCAGUCCUGGAAACUCGCUUCAUUACUACGAGACGGUACACGCCUUCACACAAGCGUACACUGAGAUGGAUAUCGACGAUUACUACCGCCUAUUCACUAUUCCCGGGAUGAACCAUUGCUUCAAUUGGUUAACUGCUUAUACGCAGGGCGGAUAUGGCGCGAACGCGUUCGGAGCUGUGUCGCAGGCUGCAGGCGGGAUGCCACCUCUUUCCAACAACCCUGAGUAUAACAUCCUCUCGGCGCUGGUGCAAUGGGUAGAAGAAGACGUGGCACCUUCGUCUCUCUCGGCUGUAUACUAUAACGAUAACAAUGUCGAGAACGGAAUAGGGUUCAUACGUCCACUUUGCCAAUACCCCCUGAGCCUACGAUACAUUGGCGGUGAUCCGACGACUCCAGAGGCAUUCGCAUGUGUCUAA